AUGGUCAAAUUGAUUCAGGUUUCACAGGAAACAUUUAAUUUGGAUGAAGUCUUUAAAGUAUGCAUUGGAUUUUUGGGAAGGUUUUACCAAACAUUGAAAGCCAAGCCUGCAGCCUUCACACCAGUCAUUGUAGAAAAGGAGCUGAUUUUAGCAUGCAGGUAUGCCAAAGGAAAAGAAAACAGACUGUUUUAUUAUUUGGGAGCAACAAGUGAUGCGGCUACAAAGAUGACCAGUGAAGUGACCCGUCCAAUGAGCUCCCAUGUGCCUGUACAAAAAAUCUGUGAAAAACUACAAAAGAAAGACAGUGAGAUAUGUGAACUGAGAUAUGUUUUUAAACUGGAGUUUUUAAAGAAAAGCAGCCAUUGGAUUUCAGCAGAGCUGAAGAGCAUUUUGGAUUCCUGGGAAGAGAUGUGCAAAGCAUGCAUUGAGAAAAAAGACUUUGUAAAUCUGAUCCAAGAGCUCGCUCCGAAGUAUACCAGCAGAGACACAGCUUCCAGUCAGACCUGUGAGCAGCACUGUGCACUUUGCAACCGAGUCUGUCGAAACCUGAAAGACUUUCAUAUCUUUAUUUAAACACAGUGAAUUCCAGCUGGGUGAGACUGUGGUCUUUCUUAAGUAAUGUGUCAACUGAGGUUGACAAUGUUUACUAUAUUUUGAAAAUGAUCACAUUUUGUCAGUCAUGAAUUCUGUCAGUCAUGAACUUACAUAUAAAAUACAGGGGUAAGAGAUGUACAGUAUAGCAAAUGUACAACUUCUAAGGUAAUAAUAUUAAGAUCCACCGUUGUGAGCUCCCCCUGUUUUAUUCCAUAUAAUUUUCUAUUGGUAUAUCCUUAAGUACUGUCUAACAAGUUGCAGUUUAUUCAGAUUUGUAUAUUUUGACACCAAAAGGCUAAAACACCUAAACUAUGUAAUACAUUUCUGCUUUGUGUAUUGCUAUAUGUGUUAUCACAUUUGUGAUAUUCAAUAAGUACAAUUGGUAUUUUAAUGAAAACAUUGAAUUACUGUAUAAAAGACAUACUGCAUGUACCUUUCUCCCAAGUAACUACAUUAUUUAAUGCCGGUGUAUCUUUAUAACAAACUACAGUACAACACUAGAGGUAGCUAUAAACAGCUUUAACAUUCAUCGCUUUUGUAAAAUAAAGGUGGAAAAGUCUCUAAAAAGUGAUAUAUUACACGAAUAAGAAUAGUGAUUUUAUUAAGCUUUCUAUGAAAAAGUAUUUAUACUGCACUAAAGAUUUAAAUUUGAAUGAAUCUACCUAACAAGCAACCAGUAUUGCACUGUAAUGCCAGCGAAAAACAUGCAAGCUGAAACCUGACCACUGUCUCGGUAACUGAUAUGGACCUAUUUCAUUUUCAAGCUUGGCAUGGGUGCAUAAUAAUGUAAACUGACCUUCCCAUAUUGUGACUUUUACAAGCCUAUCUGAUUUAGAAUUCAGAUAAUACAGCAGGAUGGAUU